AAGCGGAAGUGCGGGUGGCGCGCGAGUAGGAAGUGGUGAGUCGAAGCGGAGAUGGCUGCGCUUGCCUCGCUGCCUCCGCUGCCCCCCCAAUUUAAGACCAUACAGCAUCAUCUGAGGACGGCUCAGGAGCAUGACAAGCGGGACCCUGUUGUGGCCUAUUACUGUCGUUUAUAUGCAAUGCAAACUGGAAUGAAGAUUGAUAGUAAAACUCCUGAAUGUCGUAAAUUUUUAUCAAAGCUAAUGGAUCAGUUAGAAGCUCUUAAGAAACAGUUGGGUGAUAAUGAAGCUGUUAGUCAAGAAAUAGUUGGCUGUGCCCAUUUGGAGAAUUACGCUUUGAAGAUGUUUCUGUAUGCAGACAACGAGGACCGGGCUGCGCGGUUUCACAAAAACAUGAUCAAGUCCUUUUAUACCGCAAGUCUUUUAAUAGAUGUCUUAACAGUGUUUGGAGAACUCACUGACGAAAAUGUGAAGCACAGAAAGUACGCGAGGUGGAAGGCGACGUACAUCCAUCAUUGUUUGAAGAGUGGGGAGACCCCUCAGGCGGGGCCUGUUGGAAUGGAGGAAGAGAACGAUGUCGAAGACAGUGAAGACGUCGGAGCAGCCUCUCUGCCCACUCAGCCCCCUCCGCCAUCGUCUUCAGCUUACGACCCCAGCAGCCUGCCGCCGGGUGGCUACUCUGGAGUCCAGAUCCCUCCCGGGGCCCACGCCCCAGCCAAUACACCGGCAGAAGUGCCCCACAGCACAGGUGUUACAACUAAUACCAUCCAACCUACUCCACAGACUAUUCCGGACAUUGAUCCUGCACUUUUCAGUACAGUUUCCCAGGGGGAUAUCCGUCUUACACCAGAGGACUUUGCCAGAGCUCAGAAGUACUGCAAAUACGCUGGCAGUGCUUUGCAGUAUGAAGACGUCAGCACCGCCGUGCAGAAUCUGCAGAAAGCCCUCAAGUUACUGACCACAGGCAGAGAGUAGAGCCUCCAUGCACAGAUCCAUGCAUUUGGCCUAAAGAACUAACGUCAUUACUCCAUACCUUCGCCUUUCAGGAGCACAGGCACAGUCUUAAGGAAGACUUCACUUCCACUGACUGUAACACUGAAAUCUGUGUCUGUUCUCAGAUUCCUGUGAAGCAUUCAUCAGCAGCCUCAACCAGUGUCCUUGCCCUCUCAGUGGACCCAGUAAUCUCUGGGUGUCCGGGGCUGGUGUUAGCGAGACCCUAAAAAUGCCCAUUGAACCCUGCUUGGAAAAAUGGAAAUACAGUUCUGUAUUGGGAAUGAACUUUGUGUCUUAAUUUACAUAAAUUAAGGAAUAUUUUAAUCUAUAAUUUGGACAGAUUACUUUGCUAUAAAAUUCUAAAUUUAACUUUUAAUAAAGAUUGUCAGAAUAUUCUA